AUGUACAAAGUAGAGAUCCUCCCCUCUGAUAUCAAGGAGCAGGCUGUCAUUGAGCGCCGUCGCCGUGCAGAAGAGGAACGCAAAAAUCGAAUCUUUGCUCCAAAAACACGUCAAUUGGGUAUUGAUGUCGACGCCAUCGCCCAACAAGUCCAAGAAAAGAAGCGAGUCGGGGAUAUGGAACGACAACGAGUCGCUGCUUUUGACCGUGCAGCCAAAGAAACAGCCCAAAUCCUCGAAGCCCUCGAAGGCGAAAUCCAAAACCAACGCCGCAUAAACCAACGCUCCCUAGUCCAAUUCCACGCCACGAACCAACGUCCCGAAAUGCGUCGAGAAUACGACCUCAACGACCCACAAUCCCUCCGCAAAGACCGACCAGCUCGAAUAGCAGACAAUGAUCCACGCUUGGGAGCAUCCUCGUUACAGAAAUUCGAGGGAGAGGAUUUAACUGCUCAGUUGAGGUUCAAGGAACAAAAGCAGCAAAUGAAGACAUGGGUUGCGCAACAGGCUUGGGAGCGUCGUGAAAAGGAGAGAAUUGAACGGGAGGAACGACAGCAGUAUGAGAGCUUUCAGGCUGAUGUUGUUAAGAGGACUGAGGCGCUGCAGAAGGCUGCCGAGGAUAUUCGGGCUCAGAGGGCAAAGUGGGAUCGGUUGGAGAACGAGCGAUUGGCCAAUGAGAAACGACUUCGCGAAAUGACGGACAAGACACGAGACCUUGAGCUCAACACCAAGGAAAUCGAGGGCUGGAUGAAUGGAGAAUUCUUAACCGAAAGGCCUGAAGUAUUCAAGAUUGGUGGCGGUCAUCAACUACGUGUAGACGUCUUCAAAGGCAUCACCGAAACCCAAAAGCGUGCCAUCCUCGCAACCCAAGAACGCCAACGCCAGGAAAACCAAAUGAGACGUGAAAUGGAACGUCGUCAUGAAGAAGUAUGGGCUUCUCAACAAGCUGCUAAUCUUCGUGCCGCUCAAUUGCUCGAAGAAGAACGAGAACGACAGCACAAGGAUGUUGCGAAGCGUGUUCGAAAUGAUAAUGAGGUUAAGGCUGUUGAGGAUCAUGCAAGACAAACACAUCUCAACAAGGUAGUCUAUACAAACCCACCUCAAGAAGGCUACUUUUCCCAGUUUAACACAACCAGUCGAUAA